AUGGACGAGGUCGAACCUAAUGACGGGGCACCCUCCAGGCUCCCCGCCACGAACUCGAACAUACGUCCUGGUCAUGCGCUCCCCUUUGUAGCACCCAGCUCUUACCUCAGGCCGAAACCGAAACCGCGCAUUCCAUCCGUAUCCGAACCGACUCCAAUGAGCCCAAUUGACGAGGAACAACUACAAGGCCUGAAAGGUCUCCGCGAGUUCCUCCAAAGAAGAACAAGCUACGAUGUCUUGCCGCUGUCCUUUCGCCUCAUUGUCUUGGACAAUGAUCUCUUAAUCAAGAAGAGCUUGAACAUCCUCAUACAGAAUGGCAUCGUCUCGGCACCACUGUGGGAUUCGCAUACCUCGAGGUUCGCUGGUCUCCUUACUAGCACGGAUUACAUGAACGUGAUUCAAUAUUACUGCCAGUUUCCGAAUGAAAUCGAUAACGUCGAGAAAUUCCGCCUGAGCAGUCUUCGAGACAUCGAAAAGGCGAUUGGCGUCCAGACACUUGAGACAGUGUCGGUGCAUCCAUCCCGUCCAUUAUACGAGGCGUGUAGUCGCAUGCUUAAAAGCCGUGCCCGGAGGAUACCCUUGGUGGAUAUUGAUGAUGAAACCGGUAGAGAGACGGUCGUCAGUGUCAUCACUCAAUACCGCAUCCUCAAGUUCAUUGCAGUCAACACGGAGCAGUACACAUCACUUCUCAAGAAAUCGGUUCGCGAGAUUCAAUUAGGAACGUACAAGAAUCUUGCGACAUGCCAGAUGUCCGACUCGGUCCUCGACGUCAUCAACCUCAUGGUCGUCCAGAACAUCUCGGCAGUGCCCGUGGUUGAUAAGAAUAAUACCGUACUCAAUGUUUUCGAGGCGGUGGAUGUUAUUCCUUGCAUCAAAGGCGGCGCAUAUGAUGAGCUCAAAUCUCCGAUAGGCGAAGCCUUGUGCAAGCGACCCGAAGACUUCCAAGGUAUAUAUACAUGUACCGAGGAUGACCGGCUCGAUGCAAUAUUCCAGACCCUACGCCAAUCACGCGUGCACAGGCUUGUGGUCAUUGACGACCGGCAACAGCUGAGAGGCAUCAUUUCCCUGUCAGACAUUCUCAAGUACGUGUUAUUCUAUGGCGAGGAUGUUGAUUACUUCUCCUCGUGA